AUGUCACAACCAGGCCAUGAAGAUUUAUUUUUAAAUAAUAAUAAUAAUUUAAUAAAUGAUAGUAAUGUAAUUAAACAGACGCAACAACAGGAAAUUAAUCAAGAAAAUAAAAUCAUUUACAAUAAAACAGAACAACACAGUAACAAUCAUAAUAAUAAUAAUAAUAAUAAUAAUACUUUACAAAAUAAUAAUACAACUAAUAAUAAUAAUAAUAAUAAUAAUAAUAAUAAUAAUAAUAAUAAUAAUAAUAAUAAUAAUAAUACAAAUACAAAUACAAAUAAUAAUAAUAAUACAAUAGUUAAAUCAGAAACACUUUCAGAUACACCAAAUUCACCAACUAAAGAAGCAGUCGAAGCAAUUAAUAGUAUAAUGGCCAGUUCAAUAUCAUUUAAUUCAUUAAAUAACAUCAAUACUUUAAAUAAUUUAAAUAGUUUAAAUACCUUUAAUAAUUUGGGAGGUAAUUUAAAUGGUCUUAAUGGAAUAAGUAAUUUAAGUUUAUCAUCAUCAUCAAUUAGCUCAUUAAAUAAAAUUGCUAAUGCAAUUGGUGUUGUUGAUCAUUCAACAACACCAAGUUUUACAAAUCCCAAUUUCUUGUUUGGUUUUGAUCAAGAUCCAACUAUUGGUACUUUACAAACCCAACCUGAAUUUAUUUAUACUCUCCAAGCAAAUAAUAUUCAUUCACCACAACCAUUUUUAAUAAAUAGCAACACUAAUAGUAGUGGUUUAAGCCUUACUACUACCCCAUCUGCUUUACCACCACCACCAGCAAAUAUUAAUACCACUGCUACCUCAGUCGCUUCUCUUACACCACCAUCAUUACCAUCAACUUUGCUUGCAAAUAAUAGUAGUUCCUCUGUUGCUAAUGGUACAUUUAAUAUGAAUGAAGAUAACCCAAUUGUUUGCAAAUGGAAUGGAUGUGAACGUAAUUUUUAUGCAAUUUCUGAAUUUUGGAUCCACUUUAGAAAUGAUCACUUUAAAGACAAACCGGCUAUAAAUAUUAGAAAUAGUAAUGGUCAAACUGUAAAUACUUUUACAACUUGCGAUUGGGAUUAUUGUGGAGUUGUCUUAAAAGAUUUUACCUCAUUAACAAGCCACGUUAAAUUUAAUCAUCUUUUAGAUCCAUAUGAUCCAGUCGGUACAAAUAGAACCUUAUUAAGAAGAAAAAAAAUAAAUGUUAAACUACCUUUACCACCACCACCACCAUCUUCUAGUAAUGGUGCUAGUAGUUUUAUUAAAUCUGUUGAUGAAUCAAUUUAUUCCCAUUUAUAUAAAGACAUGUUAAAUAGUCAACAAAACAAUGGUUUAUUAAAUGAUGAUGUCGAUCAAUAUUGGGAUACUCAAAAAUUAAAAAGUGCAAAUGCAAAUGGUGACGAAAGAGCAUUUAAGAAACAAAGGACUAAUGAAGACCACGGCCAUUACUUGGAGCAAGAAUACCUUAGUGGUAGUAGUGAUAUUGAAACUUUAUCAAAUGAUCACAAUAUGCAAUACCAACAAACUGUACCAAUAAAUGAAAUCAAUAAUACAUCAAAUAAAAAAAAUAAAAAGAGUAAAAAAUCAUUAACCAGUGAAAAUGAAUCAUCACCAUCAAUUAAAUCAUCACCAAUUCCAACAUUUUCAAAAGAACCAUUCAAAUCAACAUCAACAUCAACAUCACCAUCAUCAUCACCACGAUUAUCACAACCACAAUUACAAGUUACAUCAUCACAACAAUCACAACAACCACAACAAUCACAACAACCACCACCACCACAGCAAACUGUCAAUAGAAAACCAAGAAAAAGAAAAUCAACUGAUCCACCAGGUCCAUUUGAAUGCAAAUGGAGCGAUUGUAGCUUGGGUCCAAUCUGGGAAAAGCUUGCUGACUUGGGUGAACAUAUUGCCGAUCAUGUCAAAAAACAAAGAGGUAAAAAAAGUGAAUCUUAUUGUGAAUGGGUCGGUUGCUGCAGAGCUGAUAAACCAUUAAAGAGUGCUUACAAUUUAAUCCAUCACAUCAGAUAUAAGCAUACUGGUGAAAAGCCAUUCCACUGUGACUACCCAGAUUGUGAUAGUAGAUUUGUUCAGUUAUCUGAUCUUAAUGAACAUAAAAGAAAUAUCCACAAGUUUGAAGAUGGUUAUGUUAAAAAGAAAAGAAACUCUAAAAAAACUGAACAGCUUGAUGAUUCACCAACAAUUUUAAAUAAUAAUAAUAAUAAUAAUAAUAAUAAUAAUAUUAAUAUUAAUAAUAAUAAUAAUAAUAAUAUUAAUAAUAAUAUAAAUAAUAAUAAUAAUACAAGUAAUAAACCACCAUUACCACCAUUACCAACAUCAAGCUCCUCUGCAUCUUCACAAGAUGAAAAUAAAAAAUCAAAUGUAAAUAAUAAAAAGAAAUCCACAUCACCAGUAAUUCUAUCAAAUAAUAAUUUAACAUCACACCAAUUACACAGCCCAAGAACAAUAACAUUUAAACCCACCAACCCCAAUUCAACAAAUUUUUAA